UGGAAAUAGUAGCAAGGAGUGCAAAGCUUGUGUUUGGAAAUGGAGUGUCUUCCAGCCACCUAGCUGCUGUCUGUUUAUCGCCAAACCCAAGAACUAAGGUUCCUAGAUGUCAGGAUGGCAGCUUCAAACCUGGAGAACCAGUUGCACAGUGCCCAGAAGAAUCUGUUGUUUCUCCAGCGGGAACAUGCCAACACACUCAAAGGUUUGCACGCUGAGAUUCGACGACUGCAACAGCAUUGCACAGAUUUGACCUAUGAGCUGACUCUGAAAAGUUCGGACCUGGCAGAAAAUGGUAAUUCAAGAAGCGAUGAACUCAAAAGAAAAUGUGAAGCACUUGAAGCUCAGCUGAAAGUCAAAGAGGCUGAAAAUAAUGAAUUAUUAAAGGAACUGGAACAAAAGACUGCAAUGAUAAUGGUGCUGGAAAACACCAUCAAAGAAAGAGAAAAGAAAUAUUUAGAAGAGUUAAAAAUGAAAAGCCAUAAGCUAAAUAUGCUGUCAAGUGAACUAGAGCAGCGAGCAAGCACUAUUGCAUAUCUAACUUCACAACUGCAUGCUACCAAGAAAAAGCUUAUGAGUUCAAGUGGGACUUCUGAUGCCACCCCAUCUGGAAGUCCAGUAUUGUCCAACUACAAGCCAGCUCCUCCCAAAGAUAAACUACCUGAGACUCCCCGACGCAGAAUGAAAAAGAGUCUGUCAACACCACUAAACCCGGAGUUUGAAGAGGCCUAUAGAUUCGGAUCGGAUAGUCGAAAGCUGCUGUUGCGAGAGCCUGUUGAUGCUAUGCCUGAUCCCACUCCAUUUUUAUUGGCCAGGGAAACUGCAGAGAUCCACCUGAUCAAAGAGAGGCCUUUAGUUAUUCCACCCAUUGCUUCAGAACGCACAUCAGGCGAAUCACACAGUCCAGCAAAAGAGAAGCAGCACAAGGCGCAUAUUGGUGUGGCACAUCGAAUUCACCAUGUAACAACAUCCCAGCCUCAGCCUGAGGUUGAAACAUUAGCAGUGGAUCAGGUCAAUGGAAGUAAAGUGGUCCGAAAGCAUUCAGGGACAGACAGAACUGUUUAAGUGAAAUGAUUGAUGUGAUGCUCUAUUAUUCUGUUGCUGUUUAUGCACUGUGAUCAAAUAGGAUAAAUCUCAUCUGCAGUAAAGUUUCUUUUAAUGCCCCAUGCAUGCCAAAUUUUUUCCAGAUCUGUCAUUAAUAAUUAGCCUACUUCAAUGAAACACAAAUGAGACUCUCUGUUCAUAUUGCAAAGUAUAUAAUUACUAAAUGCUGUGGCCAAAUCUAGGUGUACCUGACUGCUUGCUUCUAAGUACUACUCCAUUUACUAUAACUGCAUAUGUGGACAAAAGCACAGGCUACAGUCUGCAUUAUUAAUCAACAUUAAUGAAAAAAGAUACUAAUUAUAAACCUCCAGCAAUAUGUAUUGGCUGUUAAUGUUUAAAAUGUCAAUGUUCCUUUGAAGUCUUGAUGGUGUGUAUGUAGCAUUUCAUACACAGACUCUAACUUUCAUGACAAAGCCUUUCUUAUGGCAGCAUUGAAAAUAAUGCAGAUGUGUUAAGAGAACCUAUGAGAGAACUUUUUUCAGGUGGUCCUGAUCAAAUUGUGUUCAUAUUUUUGUUACAUUUCUCUCCACUAUUACAAAAUUCCCAACAAACUUUAUUUUAUUAAUCCUGUAUUUUGAUUUGUGUCCUUUUCUUCAUUCUUUUUAACAGUUUCAAAUGGUCAUAAUAUAUAACUGACUGUGGUGGGAGUGUAAGAAAGAAAACACCAAUUGAAAAACUAUUGUGUAAGUCUUCAUGGAGAGAGUAUGAACACUGUCCUAAUGGAAAGCAGGCUCCUGUUUUGGUGUUUAGAAAUUGAAUGGUUAAUAUUAAUCUUACACUAAUUAAUACUUUGCACUAUGGUGCCUUUUGUACAAGGCUCUUAAAACGCCUUACUAAGGUGUAAAAAUAAUACACUGCACAAAAAGUGCACUAUUGAAAUGUUUGUUUUUAUACUUAGCCUGUAUACUGUACAACAGCAUA